AUGUCCAACUACGACUCUAGAUACUUUCAUCACAACCAUCGGCGGAAUAGAGAGGAUGGUGUGUAUUGGGUGGUGUAAGCCUAUUGGGUGGCUGGGGGCGGGGGCGGGGGCGGGGGCAGAAACGAUCUGCUUUUAAUGUCAUUACACAGGUAGUUUGUUCUUCUUCAAAGUUCUGUUUCUCUGUCUUGUUUUGACAGUUUUUAAAGCCUUGAACAGAGGUGUGGAUCCGAUCAUCGUUUACAACACAAACAUUUCUCUUUGGGAGAUGUGGCCCUAUGUCCACAUGGUGAGGACCUGUGUGUGUGUGUGUGUGUGUGUUUUGAUAUGUGUAUGAUUUCUAGUUUAGUUAGUCCCAGCUACCAGGCAUUACAGAGACAAUUAAUGUUAUUUUUGAAACUCUCCACUUAUUUUCUAGUCAGUGUCACAUCCUUUGUAUUUCAGAAGCUAAACGGCAUCUGACUAACCACAAGACUGGUUGAAGCUUGUUUCCACAUUACUUCCUACUAGGUGGUGCUGGAGGCAGAGUCAGAUAGUUUCCUCUUGGUUAGACAUGUUGUCGAUAAAUCUGACACGUUAUUCUACUUUUUACAAUGUAAUUAAUAUCCCAAUUGGUCCUCUGACAGACAGACGGACAGAUUAAAGAGAUUCAUGUCAUAAUAAAGUAUCAUUUCAUCUCAGGGGAUGCAACAGGGUGACUAUCACAUUACUAUAAUGGAGCUGCCUGAAGGCUAUCCUCAAAACGCUUUCUCCAUCAACGAGCUCUACAGGUCAGAAACAACCUCUUCAUAAAUAGCCUACAUUCUCACAGUCUACACACAGUACAUGUGCAUUGGGGCAGGAUUGUUUACAAGAAUUUCGCUACACCCGCAAUAACAUAUGUGUAUGUGAUCCAAUAAGAUUUGAUUUGAUUUAGUAUACUUGUUUACUGGUUUUAAAACCAUCAAUAGAUUGUUAUUAAUUAUCUAUAAAUUAUACAUUAUUUAUCAAUCAAUUCAAUGAUAAAAAGCUGUGUUUUCUCCCUAUAGUUGGUGUCGUGGUAAGAUACCCAAACAAAAGUUCAGGGACUUUCGGGAUCGCUGGGAAGAAGCUUACAACAUCUGGGAUGUACUUAACGACAGCUACUCCAUAAACCGCUGGGUGCAAAGCGAAGAGGAAUGGAACGUCUAG